GCAGGCGCGGAAUGAUUACGUCACACCCUUGUAGACGUCGCUAUGGCAGACCAUGUUAAUGAGCUAGAAAUUGCCAAGAAACAUUUAACUGAAGCAAUUGGUGAAAAUGUCAAACAUUACUGGGCGAACUUGAAACUGUGGUUCAAACAGAAGAUAAGCAAGGAAGAGUUUGACAUCGAGGCUCGUCGCCUUUUGGCACAAGACAACGUUCAUGUCCACAAUGACUUUCUCCUGGCCAUUCUCACACGCUGUCAGAUCAUCGUCUCCACACCAGAGGGUGCUGGAUCUUUGCAGUGGGCAGGUGGCUCAGCCUCCAAGCCUGGCAAGCCUGCCAAAGGAAAAAAUAAGCUCUCCUCCAAACAUAAAUUUGAUCAUCGUUUCCAGCCCCAGAACCCUCUGAGUGCGGUCCAGGCCUUCAGCCUGCGGGAGUUGGGGAGUGAGGAGGAGGAGCUGAGACUCAGUGCCCACACCCUGUUGCUGCCCACCCGGGGCCAGCUGGAGGCCCGCAUGAUGGUCACCGCUUUUGAGCUGGGCUUGGACAACGUCACGGAGGACACCGUCAGCACCAUGGUCCACGCAGUGGAGAACCACCUGAAGGACAUGCUGACUGCUGUGGUGUCCAGGAGGAAGGCCUACCGGCUGCGUGACGGACACUUCCCCUACGCCUUUGGCAGUGACGUCACCCCACAGCCCUACUUGAAGAACAGCCUGGCUGCCUACCACAUCGUCACAGAGUGCCCACCUCACAGUGCGUCUCUUCUGGCCGGCCCGCCCCCUCAGGUAUUACCAGACGAUGCUGAGCAGCAGGCUGCUCUCCUAUUGGCCUGUUCCGGUGACCGUCUCCUUGCGCCCCUCCCUCCUAUCAGUAUGUUUGAUCUCCUGGAAGCGUUACAGAUCCACCGGGGUGUGAUGCCCUCUCACACCAUGUACGCCCUGAACAUGGAACGUAUCCUGUCCCGGCUGUGGCACCCCAGUCACGAGGAGCUGGAGCAGGACCAUGUGCACCGCCAACGCCUCGCAGGGAAGGAUGGCCUGCUCGUCAGCUGAGACGCACACAGACGGUCAGGUGGACAGACAGGCAGAUUGUGGUGGGAUAGGGCAGUGACAAUGGAGACAAAUGGAGAGUUUAACACACCCACAGUGUUGAGGCAUCUAUGUGGUCCCUAAACCCUGCCUUGAAGCUGAGAGCGAGGAUGAUGUCGAAGACUGGAUUUACACUCCACUAGGGAUACUCCGUAGAGGCUCUGCAACCGCUUAACCACGCACCACAACUUUACACUAGUGUCAAUAGCGUUUUAGAACGCUUGGUGGAGUGUAAACCCAGCCUAAGAUGCACACAGUAUAUCUGUGUUGAAGGCUCACAGAGCUGUGCUAUAAUGAAAAGGAAGGAAUGAAGGCCCAGUGUGGUGUGGUCACAGACAUAGCUUGUUAUGGCAUUAACAUGUCUACACGCGCACACACAGCGAUAUCUCUCCCAUAACCUCUCUGACCCUCCUUUAAAUGCACCGUUAAUAAUGUUAAUACGUUUAAGGAGGAUGGGUGCAUUUCUGACCUUUUGGUGAGUUUAUUUUGUCAGUUCAUUUGUCUCUUGAUAGUGUUACUUUUGUUGUAUUUCCCACGCGUCUGUGUACACAUGUUGCGGCCCUAUUAUUGCGACAUUGACAUGCUCUGGAAGAAUUAUGCCUGGGUAGUACACUUGGGUCCUUGUUCACUGUACUUUGUCAGAGCAAUGCAUGCAUCACAGUAUGUAUGCAAAUAUGUAUAUAUGAUUUUGUCUUUGUUUUUACCCAACAAUCUUGUUUAAUAUCAAUGAAAGUCUAAAAUGGCAAAAUGAAAUAAACAAAUAUUACACUUCUGUUAAAACAAGUUUUAUGAAUUCAUUUUUUCUACAUUUUUAUACCAAUACUGGGGUGUAAUUUGACUAAUGGUUUAUGUUAAGAUUUGUGAAAUAUUUUCAGUGUUAGUGUUUUGGUAUAUUGCAGUCAUCUUAGAAUUCUGGGACUUUAUGUUGUCAAUCUGUUUAUGUAAAUGAUUUAAAUCUCGGUUGGUUCACUCCACAUUAACAUUCCAAAAUACUUAAAUAAACUCUCACAGCUGUAAUACGCUGACUGUGCAAGUGGCAGGACUUCUGGUUUCUAAUUUUCCCAAAUAAAAUAUCCAGUUUUCACUACGUUCAGAUCACAUAAUAGAGCAACAAUAUGUGAUUAUACAGAUAUACUAAUCACGAUAUUUCACAUUGUUCGUCUGCAUAAAUUAAAUCUAACAUUAAUUUACAUGAGACAAAGUCCACUUGAUCAAUAGUUAUUGCUCUAGUAUCAUAUGGUGCCAAUUACAUCAAUAGUGCCACCAACUGGUCUGGUGCAGCCAUCUAAGGUUGCAGUGACUUUAUAUUCACACAGCUUCUAAGGACAUAUACAUUAGGUUUACAUACCAAAUUUCAUGGCCCCAUGUCCAUCGGUUCAGUUCUUAUAGCCCUGGUGUGAUACGGUGCCAUCUAGUUGUGUAGCGUGGCAGACUUUGAAUGCAGCAACUAAUCAUUGUCAAAUUCAUUAGAGGCUAAUUAAUUGAGUCUAUAUACCAAAUCUGGAGUCAAUCUGACUUAAAGUUCAUGAGAAAAUGUUUUAAGUAGUAUUAACAAAUGUGCUAACAUGCAUCUAUAGGUUCAUCUUAAGGACGUCAAUGAUAGCGAUGACAAGUUUCAAGUUGAUAGGCCACUUUGGUGUGUCUUUAGGGGUUUAAAUGGACACGUAAAAUCAGAUGUUUGAUUUGUCAAUAACUCUGCCAUCUUUUGACCAAUCCCUUUGCUUUUCUCAAACUAAGUUAAGACAUAGCAUGGGCCUAUAUUCCACAUUUGGUAUCAUGGUUCAUGAGAAGAUUAUUAUGAGUAUUUUUUUAAACAUUUUAGCAUAUUAGCAUAUGUGCUAAUAUGCAUCUACUGGUAGAGUGUGGCCAUCUUUGAAUUCAUUCAUGUUAUUUUCUCAAACUGUUUAGGGACUAUUUUGAUGAGUCAAAAUAUCAAAUUUGGAGUGAAUCAGACUUUUAGUCCAUGUGAAGAUUUUUUUUGAUUAUUUUAAGUAUUAGCGUUACAUAGUCAAAAAAGUGAAUUGUUAAUAGUUUCCUAACUUUUUAAGAUAUCAAAGCCAAACUUAACAUGGUUCAUCAUGGUAAUGUAUUUGAUGACCCUACAAAGUUGAUAGGCCAUUGUGGAGUGGAUUUACAAAGGAUUUAAAUGGACACGUAAAAUCUGAUUUCCUGAUUUAUCAAUAACUCAGCCAUCGCUUCAACAAUCCCUUAACUUUUCUCAAACUAAAUUAAGAGAUGGUGUAAUUUGGAUUUAGAGUGGGGGAAAAAAGUAUUUAGUCAGCCACCAAUUGUG